AUGAAACUAGAUGUUUUUCAAGUGGAUCAACAUGAGUUUGAGGUCAAAGAUGAUAGGAAUAAGUUUGUUGUUCACCUAAAGAACAAGACUUGUACCUGCCGUUUCUUUGACAUUGAAAGGAUUCCUUGCAUUCACGCCAUUGUUGCUGCAAAGCGUACAAACAUGGAUGAAUACAAACUGGUUGAUCAUUUCUAUUUGACAGAUAUUUGGGCUAAAGCAUAUGCUGAGAGCAUUCAUCCAAGUGGAGAUGUGAAGAAUUGGGUAUUUCCAGAUGCAGUAGCUGAAUACUUCUGUGCUCCACCACAAACUAGGAUAAAGAGUGGGAGACCGCCAAAGAAGAGAAAGAGAUCAGUUGGAGAGUUUGGUGUACCAGAUUUAUCCAGGAACACUCUACAGAUGUAUACUUCAUAG